AUGUUUUGGGCAGCCAAGAGAGCCACGACGCGGCCCGAGGAUGCGGCGUACUGCCUGAUGGGCCUCCUCAACGUCAACAUGCCAGUCCUGUACGGUGAGGGCGCAGAAAGGGCCUUUCGUCGACUGCAGGAAGAGUACAUCAAGGUGUCGGAUGACGAGACCAUCUUCGCGUGGACGGCGGACGCGUCCGAGGUUCAAGAGAGGCCGUACUGGGGCCUUUUGGCGCCCUCGCCUCGACAUUUCCAAAACUCGGGGGGGUACUCGAUUCCUCGAUUCAUGACGCACAGGCACGGGAGACGUACGGAAAUCACAAAUGACGGAUUGGACAUGAUGCUCGACUUGUACCCGUGGAACAAGGACCCCUCCAGUACGCUGUUCUUCUCGCCGCUCAACUGCACAAGUGACGCGAAUGAUGCCGACGUGUUCAGAAACCUAUUUACAAUUGUGCUGCAGAAGCUGUCUGCUUUCGAGAACCAGUACGCUCGCAUCCGUCCGGACAAGGUCAAUGCGCCCGCGUUUUUUCAAUGGCCCGUCCUGAAUUCGCAGCCUCACUGGGGCUACUCCCAAUUACUCGUCAGAACGAAACCCAGAGUGAGCGAUGACGUGGCCGGCUUCUGCAUGGCGCGCGUACAGUCCGUCGCGUUUCGGAUCGUGAAAGGGUAUGCGCCCGAGUUCGAAGUCAUUCCCGCUCGCGUCGACAUAUUUUGUGAGGGGAAUAGCGAGGAAAGCGCUGUAGGGCCUGCUCCGAAGGCAUUUUGCGUCUUCGACGUCAGGUCUGCGGAGAAGACGGGCGGCAUGUCGUUGGAUUUGCAAAGCGUCAAGGGGAGAAUGAUUGUGGGAUGCGCCAAGAUGAAACUCGUCGUCAAGCUCGGUGGCGUGUCAGCCAUUGACUUCAUGCCGGCCUGUCAAUCCAACUUUCUAUACUUUAUCUUCGGGCUGGAAAGCCUGCCGGACAACUGUUUCGGAACGGCAGCAGCAUACUUGAAGCCCUGGUGCGUCGUCAGCAAAACGUGCGAUGCGAGUGCGUUGGCGAACGCGAUGGCUGGGGAGAAGGCCACGACAUUCCGGGUGCUUCCAGACGGUGCAUUUUUGAGGGUCGUGUUCGGCGUGGUCAAGUACGAGUUCAAAAUGUACUAUCAGAUGCAGGUGCUGAAUGUGAUGGACAAAUAG